AUGGCGAGCUCCAAGAAUUCUAGCCCCUCGAAAAAAGAGGAUCCUCGAAUAGAUGGAGAGAUCAUCGGCAUGUGCGACCAAUAUACCCCGGAGGAAGAGAAGGCAGUUUUGCGCAAAAUUGACAUGGUCAUUUUACCAUUUAUGUGUUUUGUCUUCUUCCUGCAGUAUCUCGACAAACAAAGCCUAAGCUAUGCGGCCGUAUUCGGUCUCAUUCAAGACCUCAAUAUGACCAGCACUCAAUAUUCGUGGUCUAGCUCCAUCUUCUACGUUGGCCAGCUUGUCUCGGAAUAUCCCUUCAUUUACUUGAUGAGCCGACUGCCACUCACCAAGUUUGUUGGCGCUACGGUAAUUAUCUGGGGAAUUGUGUGUAUGUGCCUGGCAGCUCCUAACAAUUUCGCUGGUUUUGCUACCGUCCGCUUUCUUCUGGGCUUCAGCGAAGGAGCUGUCUCUCCCGCUUUCGUCACAAUCACGAGCAUCUGGUACCGCAAAAAGGAGCAUACGACGCGAACCGCACUCUGGAUCACAAUGAAUGGAGUAGCUCAAGUCAUUGGCUGCUUGCUUAUGUACGGUAUUGGCAAAAAUACGUCCCUCUCUAUUGCCCCCUGGCGCAUCCUAUUCCUCAUCUGUGGUGCCUUGACCAUCGUUGCUGGCAUUGGCUUCUUUACACUCAUGCCCAACGGACCAAAGGAUGCGUGGUUCCUGAGUGCGCGUGAAAAAGAGAUUCUAUCAUUACGCAUGGCCGAGGAUCGCGAUGGUGGCGAUAAGACAUCAUUUUCCAUAUCACAACUGAAAGAAACGCUCAUGGACCCGAAGGCGUGGAUGGUAUUCUGGUUCGGCGUACUCGUGACAAUGCAAUCACCAGUAUUGACCUUUGCAUCGUUGAUGAUACAUACCAUCGGCUAUAGCAAGCUGGACACUAUGCUAUACACUGCACCCUCAGGGGCCGUUCAGAUUGCGUUGUUGUGGGUCGGGACUUCACUUGUGUUCUUCUUCCCGCGUCAACGGACUCUCGUUAUCUUAGUACUCAUUCUCCCGCCAUUCAUUGGCACAAUAUUUCUAUACAAACUUGAUACAAGUGCGGGAUGGGGCCUUAUUGUGGCAUCCUGGGUGGCUUCUUGUAUCACUGCAACCAUGUCGAUUCUCCUCUCCCUCGCCGCUUCAAACGUCAAAGGAAAUACCAAGCGGGCCAUUGUCAACACCAUGUUCUUUAUUGGUUACUGCGCUGGAUGUAUUGGCUCUCCUCAAUUAUGGACUCACAAACCACGUUAUACCGAAGGCGUCAUAACUUCCAUCGUGACAUGGUGCCUGCUAUUCGUUGCUGUCGUUAUCUACCGACUCUUAUGUACGGUGGACAACAAGGAGCGUGAUGCACGUGCUUCUACUGGCACUAGCGAUAUGGUUCAAGACUUCGACCUGGACAAAAACGGGUUACCUAAGACUGACCUGACAGAUAAGCAGGACGGGGCCUUCAGGUAUUCUAUUUGA